AUGCCUCCAAAAACUAAACCGCGUCCUUCCGACGAAACAGAACCUGCUUCAAAAAAACAACGGAAAAGUUCGUCACCUGAGCCACCGUCUAGUGUUUUAACACAGCAACAAGAGGAGGAAAUGUCUUCUGCGUAUAUUGCACAAUUAUUGGCUCAAGAAGGAUAUGAUGAACAUCCUUAUUACUCACAAUAUCAUAGAACAAAAGGCCGUAAACGUAAAGGUGAUACUUACAAAAAAACUCCUCAACAACAAAAUAAUGAUGAUCUGCUUGAUCAUCCAAACAACGGUUCCGUGGCUAUCAAUGAUUCUGUACAUCCUUACACGUCAGAAAUUAUACCAAGCAAGGAGAAAGAUGGGGAAGGGAAUAAUGAUUUCCAAGAAACUGAAAUAAACGGUGAAAUAAAACAUUUGAUACCAGUCAAAAAACAGAAAAAAACUCCAAAGACAAUAUUACCUGGAAUGAAUAUAGGUGCAUACUCUGAUAAUGAAGAAACUUUAUUCUUGUCUGGAUUAGAACUUUAUGGACGCGAUUGGAAGAAAGUACAAGAUUCUGGCAAGGGUUAUACCUUGUCAGGUAAAGAGUUAGACCCUAACUCGGCUGCAGCAAGACCUUAUCUUAUGAGGAACCCGCCUCAAGAAAAUCGAGAAACUGUAAAUAAAAUUGAAAAUAUAUCUGAUACAUCACCAUUCAAGACAUCUAAUUAUAAAUUAGAUGAUACCUUGCAAAGUGAUAUAUUGGAUAAUAUUAGCCAAUUGGGUUCUCAACCUUUUAAUGAUGAGGAAAAGGAAACAAGUUGUUUCAUUGGUCAAGAAGAGCAAUCAAAAAUUAAUGGGAGUGAUCAAGUGGAAGAAUAUAAAUCAACGCAAGCAGAUGAAAAUCAUCAGAUUGUAACGACUGAAGAAAAACGUAAUCGCGGUCGUCCUCGCACCUCACCAAAGAUCGCACAAGAUACUACGAAAGACAAUUUUAGCCAACUGUAUGGUGCUGAUGGCCGUACGGAAUAUGCGAAAGCGAGAUUACGUGGAGAUAGAAAACAACUUUCGAGCGCACAUGAAGAAAAUGCAGACCCACUGACGAUGAUAAAGUGCGACCCAUUUUUUGGCGCACCUAAUUCAAAUAUUGCCGGAAGUCAACCGUUUUCAAUGAUUGUUGAAUCAAAUGUGCUCGUUGCAAUGGAUUUUCAUGCACAUCUUAUGAACACCGAAGUCAUAGGAUUUCUAGCCGGAUAUUGGAUACCCGAGAAAAAGGAGUUGAUAGUCAAAGCCACGUUUCCUUGUCGUUCGCUUCAAACCGGGGAAAAUUAUGUCAAUGUUGAAAUGGAUCCGACUUCCGCACUAGAAGUUCAACAAACCAUUACCGAUCGAGAUAUGCAGGUUGUUGGAUGGUAUCAUUCUCACCCGAUUUUUCAACCUGAUCCUUCAAUAGUAGAUUUGGAAAAUCAAAAUAAUUAUCAAAAAUUGUUCCGAGAUGAAAAAUUUAAUGAAGAACCUUUUGUUGGAGCCAUCGUUGGUCCUUAUGACCCAAAAUUACCCGGUUCUCUGUCAGUUAUCAAUUGGUUUUAUGUUAGCAAUUCAGUCAAAUCAGUGGAUGAAAUGGGACAAGCAAAGCAGUUGGCUUUUGAAUUAGUCAAUAAUUCCGCAAUUUCGAAUGAAGUCGCUGACGAAAUUCUCGACCUUGUUGAACAAUAUCGUUCAUCUAAUGAUCGUGUGGAUUUUAAAGAAUAUUGGCGUAAAGAUAAUAAAGAGACUAAAUUGGAAAAACUUAUCAAGUCAUUGGCAAAACGUAUGCCAUGGUUAAAUGUAUCAGGUAAUUGUGAUAAUGAUGACGAACAACUUAUUGAAGAAACAAACUACGAGAUGGAUGUGGAUUCGUUAAAGGUUAAUGAAACAUUAUGUGAAAUAACAUCUAAGCAAGUUACAGGCGAUCAUUUUCUGGAGAGGGUAAAGAAACUUUUGAAGGCAUGGUGA